AUGUCACUUGUGUACGAUUCGGCAGAUCCUGAGCUGCCGAAUUUGCCAGAGUCCGCCCAUUGGUCGGACUCGGACUAUCCGAGUGACGACGGAUCUGGGCCCAGCGCAGAGUCCGUGCCGUUUUCGAGCGGGACGGACCAGCUAGACAUCACUCAGAAGUCGGACAGCGACUCUCCUCCCGCGGUCUCGCAGCCCACUCAGGAACACCAGAAGGCCGCAGGCCCGCAUGUAAAGGUGCCAAAGAGCAGCUACAGACGCAAACACAAGGCCAGGUCGCGCAAAUACGCCGGCAGCGGCACAAAAAAGGAACGCACUGGCUGGGAGCCAGGAAUCGAUGUCCGGACAACAAACGUGGUCAUGAACACGCCCGGGUCGUGGGUCGUGGUGACAGACUACUCGCCGGACAGAUACAGAGUGACGCACUACGAGGUUGUCUCCGAAACAGGCGCCGACGACGACGCUCUGGAUCUCCAGCUGUUGUACGCUGAGGGCGGCCAUGAGCUCGAUCCGCAGGCCGUGGAGGCGCAAUUGAAGGAGUACAGAAAGCGCGCGGCGCAGACGCAGCUGGCGUUUGAGCGCGGAGUCAAAACCCGGCCUCUGUGGUCGCACGUCAGAUGGAUCAACGUCAACGGGCUCUCGUGGGAGGCCAUUUCGACGAUAGGCAAGCACUACAACCUGCACAGACUGUCCAUUGAGGACAUGAUUGACAUUCCGCAGCGAACGAAGGUCGACUUGUACCCGAACCACCUGUUUACCGUGCUUCCUCUGAUCAAGGUGGUCAGAACGAACCGUCCGCGAGAUGCCGCUGGAAACCGCCACGCGUCGGCUGACGACUCGAAAUCGCUGAACUCAAGAGCCUCGUCUCUCAACACGGUGGACAUGACGCUUUCUGAGCGGAUCAGCGACGAGCGAAAGAUGCGAAAGCUGUCCGACCUCGAUUUCAGCUCUUUUGGCGAAGAGCGCAAGAAAAGCCGCAAGAUGCGCAACCUCGAGAUCCGCAGACCGCUGAAAAGCAAGGGUCUGGCUGUUGGAAUAGAACAGGUCUCGAUUUUCCUCACGGACGACAACACGGUAAUCACAUUUUUUGAGCAUUCGGCAGGCGACAUCACCAGGGCCAUUCUGGCCCGGCUGGCGGCCAGGGACACGCUGCUGCGCACCAGCGACGAGGCGUCGAUCCUCCUCCACUCCAUUCUCGACGCAAUAGUCGACCUCGUCUACCCCGUGACGUCCGCCUACGGCCAACGCUUGAACGAGAUCGAGCUGGACAUUCUCACGAACCCGACCAUCUCGCACACGCAGGAACUGCAUCUAAUGAUCAACGAGCUGGCCAACCUCAAGUCGCGCAUCACGCCCGCCUGCAACCUCAUCCACCAGAUGCGAGAGGUGACCAAUUUCCGCAAGUUCAUGUCCGAAAACAGCGUUCUGUACAUGAACGAUAUAUACGACCAUCUGGUGUCGUACGUGGACGACAUCGAGUCGAUGUCGCGGACGAUCGAGAACCUGGUGAACCUGAUCUUCAACACGCUGUCGGUGGAGACCAACAACUCCAUGAAACAGCUGUCUCUGGUGACGGUUGUCUUCCUUCCGCUGAGCUUCUGGGCAGGAUACUUUGGCAUGAAUUUCGAGAAGUUCGGCAACCUGAAGGAAGGAGUCGGGUUCUACUGGAAGGUGACCAUUCCGUUCACGUGCGUGCUGAUUCUACUGGUGAUGUGGCGCGACAUCUUCAAGAAAGCGAAUUAUUCAAGAAAGUACGUUGCACGCAUAAUGGCCGACAUCGCCAUAGAGAGAGCAGAAAAAGAGCGGAAGCUACGGCGCAGGAAAAGCCUGGCUUAG